UUCCAUCAGGUUCCACGCUGACACGCCCCCCUCCGUGCGUCCGCGUAAAGGCAGGACCGUCCUGCAGCUGCAGGCUAUUGAACCUGGACAAGUAGAUCACCGAGGUGGAGAGGGAAGGAUAAUCAGAAGAUCCUGCUAAAAGAUCAAGCUACAGGCCCUCUUUAUCAGCAUGGGGGCUCUAAUUUCACGAUGGAGGACUAAACCGUCCACGGUGGAUAUUUUGGAGCAUCUUGAAAAGGACAUACAGACUCUUGAGGAAUACAGUGUGAAGUAUCAAAGGCAGCUGAAGAUCUGGGUGGGACGCCUGCUGCUCUACUCGUCUCUACUCUACUUGAUCACUUGCCUGGUCGUAUAUUUCUGGUAUUUGCCCCAGCAGCUAAUGGGAAGGCUUGUGUUGUCUCUUCUCUUUGUAGUUUUUCCAUUCUUAGUGUGGGUUCUUCGGAAGAUGCUCGUAUUUGUUUUUUCACGUAGAACGGAGAAAAAUAAUGAAAAACUGGAUGAUCUGAAGGCACAAAAAAGGAAAAUGCUUGAAGACGUCAUGGAAACUGAGACGUAUAAGAACGCCAAAAUGAUCCUGGAGCGGUUUGAUGCAGAUUCCAAAAAGAAAAUUGAGCUUGAAUCCACUCCAGUGGGACUCCAGAUAACUCCCAAACCAGGACAAGAGCUUCGCCAUCGUCACGUCGUGCCAAGGACUCCGGUGGUGUUGGUGAAUCCUGGAAGCGGUGCAGCCACCUGCCCUCCUCUUGCGUCUGGGCCCAACUAUCCUGGACGAUCUUCCCACACUGCUCCUGGUGGACCCCCAGAGAGGAGCUUGUCAGCAGUAGCUGCUCAGCAGAGCUUGAUGAGGAAGCCCGUGACCCCGGGAACACCUGUUCCAGGAGUCGGCAUGCACCCCCCAGGCCCGCCACUGGCCAGACCUGUGCUCCCACGAGAAAGAGGCGCGAUGGACCGAGUUAUUGAGUAUCUGGUGGGAGAUGGCCCACAGAACAGAUAUGCUCUCAUAUGUCAGCAGUGUCUGUCUCAUAACGGCAUGGCAUUAAAAGAAGAAUUCGAGUACAUCGCCUUCAGAUGUGCGUAUUGUUAUUCUUUGAACCCUGCGAGAAAGACCAGACCUCAGGCUCCCAGACUCCCGGAGGUCACCAGUGAGGCAAAGAUGGCGUCUGACACACCUUUACCCUCAUCUGCUGUUGAAGACAAGAACCAGCUUGUUCCAGAAAAGGCCAACCUCGCGGACGUCCCUGUUGGAGAAGAUGCUCAAGAGCCACGCACAGAGACGAGCACAGAACCCGGUUCUGCAACAGAUGACCAGAACACCCCAGAAUCACAAGAUCUGUCUGCUGAGAAAUCUGAUGAAGAGCAGGAUGUUUCUGCCAUGGAAGUGGAGUAAAAUAUCUGAGCAAUGAUUUCUGCCUGCAGCAUUUUGUCUUUGUUUGAUAGAUUAAGUUUACAGAUGUUUGUUGGUUAUGAAAGUACAACCCAGCUGUUCUUGUGUUUGUUUUUAAUUUAACGGGAAACCCUUUUAACCUCUUGAUAAAUUAAUGGAAUGUUGCUUCACACCAACCUCUCUGUACCAGCUGAUAAAUGUCUUGUUUUAUUUUAUCUUUAUUUGUUCAUAUUUUAUUUGACUGAAUUUGAUAUGCUCCUUUGAUUAAAUAGGAAAUUGUACAAUGAAGCAUAUUUUAUUUAUGAAAUAUUUAAAGCUAUUUUCCUUUAAUGCUGCACCUGUCAUUACAGUGUUUACUGCAGUACUCUGCAUUAUGUCGGUGUUGCUAUGUUUACACAAGUACGGUACCAUGCAAACAAAAGCACAUGCAUUACAGCACAUAUUUAUUACUAGAGGAUUCGUCAGUACUGUCUUUCUGCCCUAAGUGCCUUUUUAUGUCUGUUUCAGAGUUUUGCCAAUAAAAUAAAAUUGUUUUA